AUGGUAGACGACAAGAUUUACAAAGCAGUUUGCGAAUUGAAUGGCCACAGUCCAUCUACCCCGUCUCCUACAUCUGAAAGAGUAGACUAUUACCAAAAAGCAGUUAAACCCGGUCCACCUGGUAGACCUGUCGUAUCUGUGCUCAACGACACAGCUAAUGUCACCUGGACACCACCCCAAGAUGACGGGGGCGCAAAGGUCACCAGCUACAACAUUGAGAUGCGUCGUUCCGACAAUUACAAUAACACUUGGAAGCUCGUGAACACGGACAUGUGUGUUCUCGGGACAAGUUACUUGUUGGAAGGUCUAACAUCAUUUGUGAAUUAUGAAGUGCGCAUCGUAGCAACGAAUGAGGUCGGGACUGGGGAACCAUCGCAACCAUCAGAGAUCUUCAGAAUCGUAACAGUAGUAAAAAGUAACCCAAUUGUUGCAAAGAGACAGCUGCAGUCAAGCUAUAUAUGGGAUCUCGCAGUAACAUCAAGUGCACAUAUUGUGGUUAUAAGUGGGAGCAACACAAAGAUAUAUGCCAGUGAUUAUAGUCUCAUCAAAGAUAUCGGCGAAAGAUUCUAUCGUGUUACAGUUGCAAGUGAUGGUCAACUAGUAUUCACUGAUGGGUCUAGCACAAUCUACUUCUAUACAGCAGACGGCAAUUAUAUACGCGACAUAACAGUUACAGGGUCUUCAUAUCGACUAUAUGGUAUUACUACACUAUCUACUGGUCAGUUGGUUGUCUGCGAUCGCAACACAUCUAGCGUGUAUAUUGUUGAACAAGAUACAGGGAAUGCAACACCACUCUCUGCUCCUGGUACGUUUAGCAAUCCUUACUAUGUGACAACGAACAGCAAAGUAGUAGUUAUAGUGAGUGACCGUGACGGACUUUCUAUAAAGGGAUUGGACCAGGAUGGCCAAGUACUCUUCACUUAUGGUACAUAUGGAUCAGGGGAGGGGCAGUUGAAAUAUCCCCGUGGUGUCGACACAGAUAAGGAGGACUACAUUGUGGUAGCAGACCACGAGAAUAAGUCCAAACCCGAUGACAGAAAUGAGAGUUAG